AUGGAAAGCCCAACUCUGGUUGAUAAUGGGCUGAUGACCUCUUCGACGGGCUCGCUUACCCAGAAUUUUGCGGAUGACGCGACCUCUUAUGCGACCUGUAAAGAGGUCGAUAGGUCUUCUGCAACCCCGCAGGAACGCGAGGGGGUGUCGAGAGAGUCAGAUCUGGGUGACUCUGACAACAUCGAUGACUCAGACGAUCUUUAUUUCGUGAAAGAUGAGGUCGGCUCGUUUUCUCCCUUGGUAAAUGACGAGGUCGCCAAGUCUCCCGACCCUGGCUUAGGUCGUUACAUUGAGUUAGAGCUGAAGGAUGAUGUGGCGACCAAGGCCACCGUCGAAUCACUGGAGAAGAUGCGUCGAGAGUGGCGCUUGCAUGCCGAUAUAGAGUUCGUCUUCCCAUCUGCCGACCAACGUCUGUGGGCUCCGCCUGAAGGAUAUAUGUGUCUCUACGAAUCCUUCUUUCUGAAGAGCGACUGUCGUCCUGCUAAGUUGGCGAAAGCAGAUCGGCUUACACACUUAGGUAUAUCUAGGUCGUAG